AUGGGGUGUUGUGUCUCAACAAGCGAUAGAAGCAAUGGCGAAGCGGGGUCUUCGUCUUGUUUAGAAUUGGGACUGUGUUGUCAGAAGAAAGACAGGAAAGCAUUCUCUGAUCAUGUUGUUUCUCUGCAUAAGUUGUCAUCCUUACCGAACAGAAUAUUCGCGAAUGGAAAGAGCCGGUCUUCUUGUAUAUUUACGCAGCAGGGGCGUAAGGGUAUUAAUCAGGAUGCCAUGAUUGUAUGGGAAGAUUUUAGGUCAGAAGAUGUGAUCUUCUGUGGUGUAUUUGACGGCCACGGUCCACACGGUCACCUUGUCGCGCGCAGAGUUAGGGAUUCCUUACCGGUAAAACUGCUUUCGUUUUUGCAUUCUUCUGAAUUCGGUAAAGCUUGUUUCAAGAGGGAUAUAAAGGCUGAAAGUGGAGAGGCUGAGAAUGAUUUCUCUGCUGAGGAUGAGAUGAAUGCUAUGUGGAGAGAAGCUUUCAUGAAGGCAUAUAAAGCUAUGGACAAAGAGCUGAAGUCUCAUGCAAAUUUGGACUGUUUCUGUAGUGGAAGCACAGCUGUGAGUGUAGUGAAACAAGGAUCAAAUUUGUUCAUGGGAAAUAUUGGUGAUUCGAGAGCGAUCAUGGGAUCUAAGGAUAGCAAUGACUUGAUGGUGGCGAUUCAGCUGACAGUUGAUUUAAAACCUGAUUUGCCAAGAGAAGAGGAAAGAAUUAAAAGUUGCAAGGGUAGAGUAUUUGCAUUGCAAGAUGAACCAGAAGUUCCUAGGGUAUGGUUGCCUUUUGAUAAUGCACCUGGAUUAGCAAUGGCUAGAGCAUUUGGAGAUUUUUGUUUGAAGGAGUACGGUGUGAUUUCUGUUCCGGAAUUUACGCACCGGCUUCUCACUGAUAAAGACCAGUUCAUUGUUCUUGCCUCGGACGGGGUAUGGGAUGUUUUGAGCAAUGAAGAGGUGGUGGAUAUAGUAUCAUCUGCACCAAGUCGAACAUCGGCGGCAAGGGUUCUGGUGGAAUCCGCAGCACGAGAGUGGAAACUUAAAUAUCCAACUUCGAAAAUGGAUGACUGUGCUGUUGUGUGCCUAUUUUUGGAUGGAAAAAUGGACUUAGAAGAAUCAGAUGGUGAUGAACAAUGCUAUUCUUCGGCAACAAUCCAGAGCAACAAUCAUUCAGGUAAUCAAGUUGAGUCGGACGACGGUAAAAAAUCCGAGCCUUCUUUGCGAAGAAACUUCACUGUGAGAGCAUCAGAAGAAAACAAGACGUUUGGAGUAGGAAGAGGAGGAGAAUCUGUUGAUGUCGAAGAUGGAACAUCAGCAGCAGCAGAAGAUCAAAACUGGUUAGGUCUAGAGGGUGUCACCCGAGUAAACUCACUCGUACAACUUCCUAGAUUUUCUGAAGAAAAACCUAACUCUUGA